ACAAAUUUCUGUGUACAGUUCCCCGCUAUGUGUACCUAUUACGAUUUCUUGCUUAGCAAUCAGGCAAAAUCUAUAUGAAUAUAUCGAUAAUUGCUUUGAUCAGAAACAGUGUUAUAUUGGGCGCAGUCUCCACUCUUGAAUGACCACUGAUAUUCUAAUGGAUUGAAUAACCACUCAUAUUCUAAUGGAAGUACCACAUUAGCAACGCCAGAGCAUGCUUUCUCAAGACAGUAAAUCAUAAUAGGUCGAUUUGGAUUAGGAUGAAGUCUUCAAUUAUUGAGGAUUGAUGCAUGAAGUAUUCUGUUGAUGAUUAUGAUCCAUGAAGUGUUCCUUUCUUGUCAUUUGUAUUAAGAUAACUUAACGAGGAUGACUAAGGACAGAGCUACUGUCGUGACUGCUUUAUCAGAUCCACCUGAAAUAACCUUGGAUGAAUUUGAAGACGCCUUGGCGACAGAUGGCUUGUUUGUGGAAUAUUUCAACCACUAUCUAAGUUUACCAACCUUCCCCGAGAAACUCUGCUUCAACAAAGACACUGGAGGCUUCGAGGUGGUCAACAAUGCUCACCAAGACCUCUCAAAGAAGAUCAAGGCAGCAGUACGCUCGUCAAAACGCACGCCAAAGAUCUACCGCGUGGCUAAACAUCACAGUUUUGUGGCCAUUCCGUUGAUUCCCAUUGAAGAUGAAGUCAUGCCAGAUCUUGAGGAGAUUGAUACAUCCUUCAUUGUCCAGGCACUGAAUAAAGAACAGGGUAUAGAAUGGAUAAAGAAAGAACGCCUGCCCUCGUUCCUGGAGAGUGACUGCUACCUUGAAUAUCGUCUUGCAAAACUCGUCUCCCAAGCUCAGGUGCAGGGUAAGAAAGGCCAGUUUGUAACAUUACGGAUUGACCAUGCUCCGCGGCCAAAGAAACGUAAGGAUAGCGAGGAGGAUCGGCUGCGGGAGGAAGUGGAGAAGGAGAAGCUCCUUAAGGACUGUUAUGUGUGUAUGGGGAAUGCCCAGACAACAGAUACAGAGGCAUGGGUCUCCCAGGCCAGGAUUAACCAAAAGAUGAAUGUGACACCGUCGACGCCUAGUUUGCGUCCGGUCAGUGCUGUCAGUGGGACGUCGUUUCGUAGGCCCUACAGUGCUCGGCCUAUGAGUGCGCUAAGCAGCGUGGAGAGUAUGCGCAGGACUGAUAGUGGGUAUAACAGUCCCAGGAAAGGGAGUGCCAUCAGUGGAGGCCGCACAACCACUGUUAGCAUGUACUCUAUAAACGAUAUUGAGGAGGACUCUGUUCUCAACAGCAGACUCUUCGAACAGACUGUCAAACCCGUGACACCUCGCCCCACUGAGACGGUAUGCAUCAUGGCGGAGCCUGGUAUUCCAGAACAAACAAACACCGUUUACAUCAUCCCAGAGGUGGCGCCAAGGGAGAAACCAGAAGACAAUGAAAGCAAUGCUUCGGAAGCUUCAGUCUGCAGUAAAGACUCUGAGACGCUCACGUUUAAAAACAUUGAUGAAAUGGGCUCCGUUAUCACGGGCACUGUCCUUAGAUACUCCUUGGCAAAUGUAAUGAACACUGAGCUAGAUGAGGUCUCCAACUAUGAAGACUUACAGAGCGUCUUUCCCGAUAAGAAGUUUAUGAAUUUGACGAUGGAUGAUUUAGACCGGGUGUCUCUUUGUGAGCUCGAGCCUGAUCAUGACCAGAGAGCAGAGGAAGAGUUAGCCAAAGUUUUGGGGAAGAAAAAGGAGAAGAAAAAGGGUGGUGAGAGUGACGACGAUUCUUUACUUGACAGUGAAGAGGAUUACGAAGAAGCUGAUUCGUUUUUCCGGCGCCAUAAAUUCAAACUGCACGAUUUGGUGACGCGGAAGGGAAUCGAGGAAUUUCAGAAAUUUCUAACUGGUACCGUGGGAGAGAAGAACUGGAAGUUCUGGCUUGACAUCGACCGGGGUCAUUUCAUGAAGACAUACCAACAGCAGCAAAACUACCUAAAUGUGAUGCGGGACAAGUAUCAGAAACAUGGGGCACUGAUGGAGCUGCCACAGGAGACCAAGCAAGCUUUACACCUCACAGAGCCAUCCAACUGGACCUUAGAACGACUGUUCCAGGCACAGAAUAUAAUGGUGGAACCAUUGGUUCUAUACUGGGCUCCGCGCUUCCUCCUGAAGCAGAAGUUGCACACAGAUCCAAACAAGAACCCCUUAUACCUGAACCAACGACAUUGCCGUCCUAAAACUGCCAAAGAUAACGGCCCCUUCCCCGACCCACCUGUCAUCUCACUAUUACCUCUGCGGCCCAAGUCGUGCGCUCCAAGGUUACGCACCACCUCCGGUCCUGAAAUCACCCCGGCCAUACCAGAACCAGCGCCGCCAGUGGAAAAGCCGGAUGGCAAACCUCGCACCCAGCCUACCAUCGGUUGGAAGCGCCGCUAUCAUCCGUCCGCCAUGAAGUUUGCCAAUGGGAACAUACCAAAGUUUGAACCUCAGGACCGAGAGCAGACGAGUGACCAGGAUUCUGAUGAGGAGGACUACAUGUCAGUGACAUCGUCCGCACAGGGGCCAUCGAAGAUUUUAGGUGGAGUAAAUCGCUCCAAGGUUCGUGGUAUGGUCGUCACUCCCAAUGUGGAAAAAAUAGAGACGAAAUCAGCAGCAUCAGAAACAUCUCGAUCGGCGAAAAGUAGUGCAGGGUCGCGGGCAAAGUCAUCAUCAUCAGUGGCAAGCGAGAAGAGUAGUCAAAGCUCGGUGUUUUUUGGCGGGCAGCGGAUGGAAGCCAUGUUACAAGCGCUUGGAUCAGAAGGAAAGGCUGGUGAUUUCUUCAAGAAGUACUUGUAUACAACUGGAAAUACUCUUUGGUUGUACUGUAUAGAUUUCUGGCACGACAUCCAGGAAUACCACAAGAUGUUUUACACAGACUCGUUUGACCACUUUGCCCUCUCCAAGAAAGCCCAGUCCAUCAACGCAUUCUACAUCGUGGAGUCCGCACAGAAGAGCCUCAAGUGCACCAAGGCAGUGCGGCGAUACAUCUCAAGUCAUGUCAAUCCACCAUUUGAGGAACUAUUUGACCCAGUGGAGGAAUCAGUGAUCACGACGCUUCACUCAGCCUGGUUACAGAUGAAUAUGAUGGAUUCGACCACAUUCCAGAAGAUUGAACUAGUUGAAGUAAAACGCCACCUUGAAACAAAAAACAAAUACGUGAUUAACCUGCAGCGGAAAGGCCUGAUCAGGCAGCGCAGCCUCACUCCCGACGAUCCAAUGGAGGGCUAUGAAGAUCCUGUGUACGACCCAAUCCUAUUGGACAGAAUCCCCGAAGAGUUCCGCGAAUUCACGUUGGAUAAAUUAGUCCAUAAUCGCAUCGAACUUGAGCGUUUCCGCCAGUUCUUGGCAGAUAAUUAUGCGAGUAUGGACCUGAUGUGCUGGAUGGAUAUUGAGGCGUUCCGCCGCAUUUCACACUCUGAUGAGAAGAAGAGAGAUCAGAAAGCCAAGGAUAUCAGGACCAAGUAUCUCACCAAGAAAUACUUCUUCGGGCCAAACAGUCCUGCUGGGAAGGAGGGACAGGAAACGGUAAUGGCUGCCGGCGGAGGCUGGGGUAAAAUCCUCGAGGACCGCCCGCCCACCCAAGUCCUGCUCGAGGCUCAGAAAUAUGUGGCCAUGCGACUCGAGAAGAAGUGGCUGCCUCUCUUCUUGGCGACGGAUGAGUUUGCCGAGAGGCAGCACCCACAGGUUGGGAUGGAUGAUGUUGUUGAUGACGUCAUGUUGCAGAGAAAGAAGAAAUCAGCCGCUGUACAGAGGAUGUUAGAGUCCAAGUGGGUGUCGUCCUCCAAAGACAUCAUCGCCUUCAGGAAGAUGCUAAUCAACCCUGUCUCGUCGAAGCAAUUCAGACGUUACGUCUCCAUCAAAGGUGACAGUCUGGAGAAUGAUGUGCUCUUCUGGCAGGAGGUGCAGAAGUUCAAGGAUAUGUACCACCUGCAUUCUGAAGACUCUCAAAUCAUCAACAAGAUCAACAACAUCAUCAACUGCUUCAUCGACUCACAGAUCCCGCCCUCCCUUCAGAUUGAUAUACCCAUCGAACAGGCGGAGAAGAUCAUCGACAAGAGACGCGAGAUGGGACCCUACGUCUUCAGGGAGGCCCAGUUGUCAGUAUUCCGCAUGCUCUUUGCUUACUGGAACGAUUUCAGUAACUACCGCUCGAGUGUCGCUGAUGACAAGAUCUUACCAACGAUAGAAAGAUUACGCAGACGCGCUCGACAGAAAGAGAGAUUGAAGCAGAAGAAACUGGUUGAUAAAAAAGAAAGGGAAGAAUCUCGCCGUAAAGCCAUGGGUCUGCCUCGACCUGGCGAUGACGACGUUGAUGCUGGCUAUGACCCGUUUGGCGGUGAAGGUGAUGAUGCAGUGUCAGUUGACGGCGAGCGGGACAGGGUCUCGUGGUCUUACUCAUCCUAUCUGGAGGGGCUGGACAGAGAGGAGACACUCAACAAUGUGGAUGAAUCCACUUUCAGUUCUUUAAGUGAAACUGGAUCAGUGAAGGGUACAAGUCGGCCAGAAAGUCGGCCAGCAUCCUCCUCUAAAUCACAGAAGUCAGAGUCGCAGUCUCGGGUUGAUGGUGAAGCAAAGGAGGAUGGUGAUGAUAAGGAGAACAAGGGUGAUGCAGCCAAGAGAAAGAGGCGUGGCAGCUCAGUAACUGGAAAUAGACUGAAGGAUGAUGCCAAACAGAACGGAAAGAAAUUGUCAGAAACUCGAGGUAGUGCCACUCAGGUCAAGUAACGCAUGCAAGUCCGACGUCAGAAACUCAAGGUAGUGCCACUCAGGUCAAGUAACGCAUGCAAGUCCGACGUCAGAAACUCAAGGUAGUGCCACUCAGGUCAAGUAACGCAUGCAAGUCCGACGUCAGAAACUCGAGGUAGUGCCACUCAGGUCAAGUAACGCAUGCAAGUCCGACGUCAGAAACUCAAGGUAGUGCCACUCAGGUCAAGUAACGCAUGCAAGUCCGACGUCAGAAACUCAAGGUAGUGCCACUCAGGUCAAGUAACGCAUGCAAGUCCGACGUCAGAAACUCAAGGUAGUGCCACUCAGGUCAAGUAACGCAUGCAAGUCCGACGUCAGAAACUCAAGGUAGUGCCACUCAGGUCAAGUAACGCAUGCAAGUCCGACGUCAGAAACUCAAGGUAGUGCCACUCAGGUCAAGUAACGCAUGCAAGUCCGACGUCAGAAACUCAAGGUAGUGCCAUUCAGGUCAAGUAACGCAUGCAAGUCUGACCAUCUGGGGCCUGGGGCAGCCGAUUCUCUCAUCUAGAAGCAUACUUAAGUGUAGAGGGACGAUUUGGAGUCUGUCACUGUGUCUGUAUUGAAUCUUAUCUGGCACAACUCAGAUUUUGGAAGAGCUCAACAUACUCAGUAUUUAAAGAACCGACAAAAGUGAAUAUUUCAAAAUAAGAUGUGUUGCUAAAAUGUUGCUGCAAAAGAUUAAACACUUGAGAUUGUGCGAGCAUGAUUGUGGGAAAAUGCUGAGAAUGGUUCGUUUCUGUGAAAAAGCUGUCCAAAGUGGUUGAUCAAGUUGAUGAGCGUAUACACACAGUGGAUGCUGCUUUAACUCUUUCAGGAAAAUAUUGUUUACCAACAAAAAUAACAUAAGAACGUUUACUAUCAUACUUUUAGAAUCAGUUCAUUUUAGGUAGUCCUCCUAUAGAGUAGUGACAUCACUUUUGUUAAGAAGUCCACCAUGCUGUGCUGGCUUGAUAAUGAAGUCAAUGAAAUCAUGUCACACACCAUGUGUCACGCUGGCUUGAUAAUGAAGUCAAUGAAAUCAUGUCACACACCAUGUGUCACACUGGCAUGACAUUAAUGAGUUGUCUGUGACAACAUGGGGAUCAUUGAAGAUGACGUCUGAUGAUUACACUGACAGUCACACACAGAGAGAGAGACACCCAGAGUCUUCAUUAUCAUUUAUGUAGGUUUGAUAUGUUAAGUUUAGCAAUAGUCUUACUCGAGAAGAAACGGUGAUUGAUCUGCCAUUGAGAGUAAUAUGGUGACAUUACCAUUACUUUAAAAUGGCGCAGAGGACACGUUCACAUCAGGCAAAUGUGCACAACUUAAUUUCACGAAAUUCUCACAGAACAUUAGUUUUAUGUUUUCCCAUCAUAUAUAUAUUUUUUUUUUGAACAUCCAUUAAGUAUCCUUUGAAAGGCAUUUGUCGAAAGGGUUUUAACUAGAAAUAACUUAUUUUGGUUAAUGUUUCUAAACUUUCUUUAGCACAAAACGUUUCUGCCAAUGUUCCCUGGUCGUUGUCAAGUGUAUAAGUGAUUGGUACAGGUUUGGUGUUAUAUAGCAGACCAGUUACUUACAGUAUUUAACAGUCUUGUAGAAA